AUUCAGAUAAAUUUGAUAUAAUAUCAAAUGUGAAUUUAGUUCAUUAUAGAUAAACACCAAAUUAAAUAAAUGAGAAAAUAUAUUAAAAAUAUUGGUUUCUGGUGAAACAUUAAACUUGCUUAAGACAGGUUUCAAGGUAAAGCUUUUUUGUAUUAUCAGUGAAAAAUAAACACAUUAAAUUAACAUUAUUAACUUAUUUAUAUUCAAACUUUGAAAUUGACAAACUAAAAAAAAAGUGUAAAUAUUUUGUUUUAAAUGAAUAAAAACACUCAGUUUAUUUCUUAUUUAUGAAAAUAAAAUUAAUUUUAUAUGCAUUUAUAAAUAAUUUAAUAAUUAUAAUAUAUAUGCCUUAUACCCAUAUCAAUAAAACUAUAAUUUUUCUUAAAUAAUUAUAAGAUAUUCACAAAACCCAUACACAUAACAUCUUUUUAAAAAUUAUUUGACAAUUUAAUCAGCAGAUUAACAUUUAGUCUGUGAAUGAGUAUAAUUAAAAAUAAAAAUGUAGGUUUACUUAAUUACUUAUUCAGUUCUCACUUUACAGUAAACAUAAUUAAUAUUCAAAGUAGGUUUGUCCCUGACUGUAUGCUAUAAAAGACAAUUCAUGAAUAACUGUCAGUUUCAAAGCUUCCUUGAGGUGCAAUAAGCUUUCAGCUCUGUUUGAAAAUGUAGCUUAUCUUAUCAACUGAGUGAUUGUCCUACUGACUAAUACGUUCAUAUUUAGUUAGAAACUCUUAUCUUGUGCUUUAUCUAGUGAUUCAAGUUACCCAUAACGUUGCCAUCAUGGAUUUCUCCAUAUUAAUGUUUCUAUUUAUGACUAUCGUUACAAAUGUGUCCGCAUUCAGGUGUAAUGUGACAUAUCCUCCAACAACUAUUGACUGUUCAAGAUUAGGUCUUAAUAAUCUACCUGAACAUUUAAAAGAUCACAUAGCAACUGUUAUGAUCUUCACUCAUAAUAAACUUGACUCAAAUGCACCAUUUAACAAUUGGCAAAAUUUGAGAUCUAUAGAUGUAAGUUACAAUUCAAUAACAAAUAUUACAUCACAAACUUUUAAAGAACUAAUCAAUUUGAAGGUUUUGAAUAUAUCCUACAAUGAUAUUGAAGAAAUAUCUGAAGACACCUUUGAUAGUUUAAAAGUUCUUGAAGUUCUUGAUUUGUCUGGAAAUCCUCGUAUUGGCUUCAACUAUGCUAAAUUACAAAAUCUUUUAAAUGGAACAUUAUACAGAAGCUUGAAAAAAUUUGUUAUGAGAUCUUCUGGAUUAAACGAAUUACCAGAUACUUUCUUCAAGUAUGCUAUUGAACUACAAUAUCUAGAUCUCAGUCAUAACAAUCUUACAUCUAUACCAGCUCUUCCAGAUAAAUUAAUACAUUUGGAUCUAAGUCACAAUUAUAUAACAAAUGUUGGCAUUGUACCAUUCCAUAAAAAACACAGUUUAAGAAAUAUAUUUUUAGAAUAUAAUGUUAAUUUAAACAAUAUAGACACUGAUGCAUUUGAAACAACCAUUAAUUUGAAAAAUGUAUCCCUUAAAGGAUGUACAAAUCUAACGAGAUUGCUUCCAAACCUGUUUUACUUUAACAAAAACUUGAAGCAUCUCUCCAUAGCCAAUUGUGGUCUAAAAACAAUACCCAGGCAGUAUAAAAGUAUUUUCACAAAUCUACCUUCUCUGGAAUUAGAGGAUAAUCCAUGGGUUUGUAAUACAUCGAUAAAGUGGUUUCUUACAUUAGAUUCUGCAUUUAUAAAAAAUGUAAGAUGCCGAGAACCUACUAAUUCAACAAUAUUGGAAUUUUAUGGAACAUCUAUACAUGGAGCUGUUCUGCAUCAAUUAUUAUUAGUACUUGUUGUAAUAAUAUUAAUUCUCUUUGGACUGGCUUUAUACUUGUCAUUUGUGAAAGAAAAGAAAAAAAGGUUACAAAAUCCAUAUGUACCACUUCAUGGAAAGCACCCACUUCACAAUCCUGUUUAUAUUACAACAGUUGUGUAAUGUGCCAUUAUUCUUUUCAAAUUUGGAGAAAAUUGUUACCAUUAAAUCCUUCAAUUAGUUAAGGAUUACAUCUAGUAAAUAUGAGGAGGCAUGGUAAUGAAAAUGCCAGAGUAUUUCUUUUUAUGCCAAAGACAUAAUUUUUUGAAUGAUUUUUAUUUAAUGAUGUUCAAAGGAAAUAUUAUAUUUUAAUACUUGAAGAGACAAAAUUGAAAUAUGUAUUUACAAUAGAUGUAAAUAAAUUUUUAGAGAAAUGUUAGGGUAGAAGUAUAAGAUAUUAUAUUGUGUUGAGGUUUUUGCCAUUAAGUCAUAUUGGCACUUUUAAAAAACUAAAUAUUAUGUCAAUUAGAGUCAAUGAUAUAAUAAGAAAAAACAGGUAUUUCUAGUCAUUGAAAUUGCUUCAAAUCAGCAAUCAAAAGUAUUUUAGUUAGUUAAGUUAUAUUUAAUAUUGAUACUUAGUGAUUGAUAUAAUUGUUUUGUUUUUUUAUAAGACAUUUGAGAAGAACUUAUAUUUUACCAUACUUUACAUGAUAUUAAAAGAAAUGAGAGGCUUUCAUAUCAGAGGUAGAAAUCUGUGAUUUUAAAAAUGAUAAGGAAAAGCUAAUGAUUGUUAUUAAGCUUCAAUUUAAAGAUAUUCUGAUAAUUUUUUUAAGGAAUGGCUAAGUUGAAGGAAUGAAAAAAAAAUAAGCAUUAAAAUUGGUUUAGAUUGAAGCUGCAUAACAAAAAUUAGUUUAUUCUCAACUCACUAAAUGACACAUGUUCGCCUUUGAUAGGAAGCCACUCAAUGUUUUGACAAUGUAUCACAAACUUAUUUGAUUAGUUGGUGAGGAAUAAAGUAAUAUAAAAAUAACCAUUCUCAGAACAAGAAUCAUUUAUAUUUAUUAAUCUUGCUUAUGAUGAAUAAAAAUUUUUAAAUGAAAUCAGGUCUAUACAUUGUUUAGUUGUGAAGAUUUUUCCAAUGAUUAAUAACAUUCCAUUCACAGAAAAAUAUAGGUGUUUACAUUUAAAAAUGGAAGAAUACAUUCAUUAACAUUCUGUUCUAUGUACAUCAACUUAUCAGUACAUAAGAAAUUUAUGUUUUUUGUUAAGCAUGCUUACUUAAAUUCUCCCAAAUUUAAAGAUAUUACAAAACUAUAGUUUGUCACAGAGAGUAAAAAAUUGAUAUUUCUAUUCUCUAUAAUUCACUAAAAUUUAUUUGGAAAACAAUUUUUAUUUCUUUAUCAACUCUUAUAAAGUAUGAUCAACAAUUCAUAAAAGUCAUAACACAAAUGCUUUCAAAUAAGGCUUAAACUGAACAUUAAAUAUAAAUAUCAAUUAAUUUAGUUAAAUAAAUAAAAAUUAACAUUUGUUUUAAAUUUUGGUAAAAAAUAAAUAAAUAAAAUAAUCAAAAUACUUAUAGAGAUUUGUUAUUCAAGUGUUAAGGGCCAAUAUUUAACUGGAGUAAUCAAAGACAACUGAUGGAUCAAAGACAAGUGGAAAACCUUUGUUGUUGGUUGUCCAUUUCAACUAAAAAUGAAAGCGAAGCAAAGUGUGGCCACAGUUAUCCUUUCCCAGAACCAUUUUUCUUCUUCCAGUUUCAGUGAAACAUCCUCAAUUUCUUCCUUUAAAUCUUUGUCUCCUAUUUUAUACUUUGUGAGGUGAACAUUUGUUUGGUGGCUGAAAUUCGGAACAAUUUUGAAUUAUUCUCUUUUUUCUUCCAGACCAUCCCAAAUACUGUACUAUUUUAAAGAGAAAAAUUCAUUUUAAUGGAUAUAUAAAAUCUCAAAAAAUAGGUGACAAAUAGAUUACCUCAGAAUUGCAGGUAAAGUCCCAUUGUUACAUCAUUCAUUCUAUGAAUUAAAGUAAUUUUUGACUCCAGAUAUGUUUACUUGGAAAUUACAGAUAAAUGUUUUCAAGCUAAAUCUCUGACAUCACAACAUUUUUUUUUUUUUUUUUUAAUGUAAAAGAAUAAAAUUGAUUUAAUUUAGAAUAUAUAUAUAUAUAUAUUUUUAUGAAAUUUACAACUGUUUUACAUAAACAAUACAACAAGUAAAUGUGACAUUGGUAACAUGGCAUGUACAACAUGAAGAGAAACCACCCAUUGGUUGUACUCAAAAGAAUAUAAUUAUAAAUAAUAAUACAUUCCUUUAAUGAACUUUAAAAAAAACUUCUUUGUGGAAGCAAAUAUAUAAAUGGUAAUUUUUUUUUUUUUUUUUUUAACUUUUAUUGAGUAUUAAUACAGUCUGCCACACUGAAGGGCAUUGGUACUAGUGCUAUAGUAUUCAUUCACACAAUAUGUACAUAAGAAAGGAAAAAAAAAAAAAAGUAUAUAUAUAUAUAUAAAUAAAAGGAUAAAGUAAUAUACAAGAUAAUUAAAACAACAUAAAUGGUAAUAUAUUAACACUUUAGUCAUAUUAAAAACUUUUUAUAUAAAAUUAUGAUUGCUCAGAUAUAUUUCAAAUUUUAUAUGUUAACUUAGACCAAGAGAUAUGACAAUUUAGAUAUUUAAGAUUAUUACCUUUAGCAGAAGCCAAAUAAUUUUAUAAAAUAGAAGUUCUGAAUGCUCUAAUGUUGGUUUCAAACCUACAGAGUCAGGACAUUAAUUUGGAACAGAUACAAUAGUUCGUCAGACCACCAGUGAAAGACAGAAACACUUAGAUACAGUGUAGUUAUAGUUAUGACAAGAUAUCCAGCAUCAAACAUCACACUGGUGUACCAUGAACAAGAAAAAUUACUGUUUCAACAGAAUAACAUUUUAGUUCAUAAACUUAACUCAACCUAAUAUUACAUUCACGAACGUGACAGAAUUUAGGUGUUAUGCCAUUCUGCACGUUUUUAGGUGAAGAAUCCAAAAAUUUAAAACUUCAGUCAGUUUGAAAGAAUUACAAAUCCUAGCAAACAUUUAAAUUCAUUGUUAGGACACACAACCCUGCCGCUCUGGAAUAGUAUCCUUAUCUAAUUUUGAUUAAUUCAAUCAAAAUUUUACUAGAAAUUUUUUAUAGCUAAACAAAGUUUUUUCUUUACAUCUAAAAAAAGUGUGAAACAAAAGUAAAUUGUCCAAAUUAAAGAUGGAUGAGUCAUGUAGAUUUUAAGCAAAUUCAAUUGUAUAAUUAAUGAAUACCUGAAAACAUACCAAUACUCUUGAAAUAAUUGAAAAUUUUGAUAGGGAUAUCCUCCACAAUGAUAAAACAGAGUGAUCUGCGAUCAGAGUAAUAAUACUUAGAGGGGAACGGCCAAUAAACCGCUUUCAGAAAUUAGUCAGUCAGUACUUCAGGAUAUGAAGGCACAGAGGUUAAGAGUGACAGGGCCUGUAGCUCAAAGCAAUCCAUCAGAAAGCCUAUGAUACAUCAAUGAAUACAAGAAUAGAUAAGGGAGGCUAAACACAAGAUGGACAGAUAGAAUUAACAAAGAUGCUGUAUUACUACAUGCAGAACAAUGAAGAGCAGUAGUACAAGAUGGGCAGAAGAGAAAAAGAUUGAUUCAGGUAGCCAUAAGCUACACAUAAAGCUAUAAGAAAAAAAUUAAUUAAUCAAUCAGUAGUACACAUUAUUAAAAACAAUAUGAAAUGAAAAAGUAAAUUAAAGAUGUGGUCACCAUUAACAACUAUAACAAUAUGUAAUAUUCACAUCCAUAAGGAAAAUGCCCAUCGUAGUGCCUGAGAAUCCCAUUUCAGAUGGAAUUCAAAAAUCAUCUAUUGACCCACACACUUUCUCAUUCAUGUAGUAAAGCCCCCCCCAUGCCCAGACUUAACAGAAAUAUAUUCCUACAGACACUAAAAUGAUUUUUUUAUUACAGUAACAACUUCAAAAGUUUCUUUAAGGAAGCUAUAAAAAAAUUUAUUUUUAAGAACUAUUAAUUUAAGUGAUUAGAUACUCAUUUUGAUUAGAUACUAUUAACAGUCUCACUGCUCUAUGCUGCAGAGAUCCGAGGACCAAAAUACCUGGAGGUUUCGGAGAGGACGCAAGUUUGAUUUAUCAAGUCAUUGCUCCAUUGGCCAAGAAAUACACCGAACUAUGUGGCUCGCCUUGAAAGUGGGAGAUCUCCAUUAAGCAUUGAAAGUGUUGAAAAAAAUGACCAACUAUUGGACAAAGCUAAGCUGAAUGAGUGACGAAAGACUACCUAGAUAAUGCUUUAAUAGACUUAGAGCUCUAGACUCAUCCAUUGCAAAACCUGAUCCAACUUAUAACUGGGUUACCCAAGUAAAGAUUAUUUUGUAGGAACUAGGAUGUCAGGAGCUGUUUUCAUGUGUUUUCUCUCAAGGGCUGAUGAGGUUCAAAGAUGAAAUCAUUGAAAAAAAUGAGAAACCAUCACGCAUCCAUGGACAAUGACAGUGUGUUAAACUCUAAAUCAAACCCAAGAUAUAGAAAAAUCUGCUCCUUUAAUGUUACUAGACCAGCGGAUUAUCUUCAGUUCAAAGCUCUGAAUUUAAACAAAUUAAGAGCCGUUAGUCAUCUCAGAGUAGUAAAUAAGGAUUUUGUGAAGAUAUACUUAAAAGAUGCUACUUUGAAUAUUAAAUCUAGUGAAGUAUGUGGUGCAUGCAAUUGCCUUGUAAUUGACCCGGUGACCCAUUUUUUGAUUCAAUGUAUCAAAUUUAACGAACCAAGAAAUAAGUACUUGAAAACAUUUAUCACUGAAUCCAGGAAAGAUGUUAGUGUGGAGGAGAUACCGAAAGUAGGCACUAUGAAAAAAUUAAAUCAACUGUAUUAUUUCAUACAGGGCUGUUCAUUGAACUGUUAAGUGGUAUAGUUAAUCAUAUAAACAUAUAUUAAUGCUUAUUUAUAUUGUUAUUUGUUUUAUACCUCUGGAAUACUUAAAAUAUAUAUAUAUAUAUCAUUUAAUAAUCUGUUAUUAUAUUAGUCAUACUUAAUGCUGUGGAUGUUAAUGUUAUGUUAUGUUUAUAACAUGUUAAUGUGUUGAUAAUGUUAUGUUUGUACUCAUGUACUCAAGAUCUAACAUUGUUAAUAAUACGAUUAAUAUUUAUUUGUACAGAAAUUUCCUUAGAAAAAUAAACUAUACUAUUCUAUUAACAGUCUCACUUGUAGUAUAACUAUUCAAAUUCAAAUGAAAAAUUAUUAACUGAUUUGCCAUCCCUAUUUUGAAGUUGAAUGCGGAAAAGAACAAGGCAAUUCUAAUAGGCUCCAAUCACCUCCUAAAAACUUUUCCUAACAUUCCAACCCUGUUCCUACAUGAUAAUCCCAUUAAAUUCCAUCCCACCAUCAAAAUCCUUCGAAUAAUCUUUGGUUAAACCCUUUCCUGGAAAAACCAUAUAUCCAAUAUCUCCCGACGUACCUUUUCUACCCUAAAACAUUUAAAUAGCCUGCGACACCUUUUUCCUUUUGAAAUCCGUAGACUCCUGGUCAUCUCCUUAAUAUUUCCCCACUUCGACUAUUGCUGCACGGUAUAUGGGGGCGUCUCUGGGGAUCUCGAGGCAAAACUAAAACGUUUGAUAAAUUGCUUUGUACGACUCAUCUUCGGGAACCCAAGAGACGCCUCUGUUUCCUGUUUCUAUGAAGAGUUGAAAUGGCUUCAUCCUUUCGUAUUUCCUGGCAUCCUUCCUCAAAUCAUCAGUCCACUCCCGCAAUACCCAUUCCCGGUGUUCAGAUUUAUAUAUAAUGGCCCACCGAACUGCUGCUUUCGAUAAAUCUUUUAUUAUUGGAUCCUCAACCCUAUGGAACUCCAUCCCUUCCCACAUCCAUCAAUCCAAAACUCUUCCUACCUUUAAAUCCCGACUGUUUAAUAAUUUCUUAUCCAUCCAGCCCUCAUAAAAUUGUAAAUAGCUACUACUGUAAAUAUGUAUAUAAAUUAUUAGAUCGUUUUUCAUUAUUUUUACUUCAUGUUUAUUUUCUAUUUUUUAUUAUUAACUGAUUUAAAUUAAAAAGUAAUUUAUUAUUUCUUUCAUUAUUUUUUUUUAUCUUGACUAUUUAAUCAAACUAUAUUCUUGUUUAUGUAUCUUUGAGGCUCCUUAGCCCACAUUUUUGUCUCUCUGUAUUAUUCUAAAGGGAUUCGUCCCAGAAUAAAUAAAGCAUUAUUAUUAUUAUUUAGAAAAAAAAAUUAACAACACAUAAAUUAAUAUCUCUCUUUGAAUAAAAAUACAUGAAAAUGUAUCUUUACUAGGAUACAUAUCUUUAAAGUGAUAAAAUACUUAGAGAAUAAUGAAAGUAAGAAAUAAAACAACAUACACAAAAUUAUAAUUUAUUAAUAUAUUUUUCUUUCUUAAUUUUUUAUCAUAAAAAAAGAUGACAUAAAAAGAAUAUAUAUAAUAAAUUUUAUUUCUAUAAACACGAUUUGAUUAAGAUGUUAAAUAUAUGCUGCAAUAUUAUGUUAUCUGUAUGUUUCUCUACAAUGGCCAAAUCACAAUCAAUUUACAGCCCAAGCUCACAAAGUCGAAACAACAUUUUGUUUUUUUCAUAACCCAUCGAUAUUACAUACAUUAGAAGAUUACGAUAUCAUCUUUCGAUAUUCCUACAUAUUUUCAAAUAUUUUGUAUGCAAUACCAGAGAGAUAGGGAAAACUAAAAUGUUAAUUUUAAAUUAGUGCCACAUAAGUUCGCUCUUGGACAGCAAACUAACCAUAUUAAACCUAUACUUAAAGUAGUUUUUGGCAAUGAAGAACCUGGUAAUUGACGCUUUUAAAUUAUAUUUAAAAAAAAAAAGUAGUUUUUAUUAUGUUCCAUUCUUUUAAUACCAGCAGUAUAAAGUUGUUAAAUCAAAUAAUCCAAUGCAAAAUUUUACUAAAGUUAUCUUAAUUAGUAGAUAAAAUAUUAAAAGUAUAUUAUCUUUUAUUACUAAAUUUUACAAACAUUUGAUAUAACUACAAAUGAAAGGAUGGUACAGUUUAAUUAUUUAAAGCCUUCCAAAACCUUUGAAAUAUGAUUAUUAAUAUAUUAAAUAAAAAACUAAUAAAAUAAAAAACAGCUUCAUCACCUCUUAAGAAAUUCUUGAAAAUAAAAUCAUUAGACAGACUCUGUCAUAUAUUCUUUCAAAAUAUCCAAAUGAGGUGUAUCAUCUCCCCAAUCCUGGAAGAAAAUUGAAUUUGUUAUACA